UCUCAGUUCUCUGGAAACUUUUCGAGUUACCUUAUUUCGAAGCUUUUCUGUUCCAUAUAAUUUGUUAUUUGAUAUACAGUUAAUUUUUGUAGGUUUAUCGUAUAAUGAAACAAAAGACUGAUAGAAGCUUACAAUAGUGGAGCUGUGGUGUGGUGCCUUAUACACUUUGUGUCUUCUUGGAAGUAAGGUAGCCGCUCGCGAGUCGCUACGUGCGAUUUUUCAGUCGGCUGUGCAACAGGCAUGUCUAGCGCGGACAACGGUAGCGGUGAUACCGUGAUUCCUUCGAGCUGUGAUGCCGGAGAAGGUUGUGCGGAUACGAAAGUUCUGCCUGAAAAUCUCCAACAUUCUGUAAAGCGUCCUUUUUCUUUUGAAGAAGCGAAUGGAAAGCAGGCCGAGAGUGUUUCCGGCUCCGAUGAGUCGCAGCCUGUGGUUCCUGCAGGUGGCGAGGAAAGCGCAAAGAAACCCCGCAGAGAUGAUCGUGAUUAUCAUCAGAUCAAAAAGGACAAUCCUCGCUUUAGGAAGUAUGUGGAAUCUUUGGGACUUCUACCACCAGAUCAAUUAGAUUUAUUUUGGGAGACUGUCCGUGAACCACUGCCGACGUCGUUUCGCAUCACGGGUUUUCGGCGCGACUGCGAAGCCUUCAAAGGAAUUAUUAAUAAUCAUUUCUUAGCGGGUUUACCGGAGGAUGCAGCGCAGUUAUGCACGGAGAUUUCGUGGUAUCCGGAGCAGUUAGCGUGGCAGAUCAAUCUCCACCGACGCCACAUUAAACGCUGCGAUGAUUUCAAGAAUUUGCGUGAGUUCAUUAUCAACGAGACAGCCAGCGGAAACAUCAGUCGACAGGAAACUGUCAGUAUGAUUCCACCGCUCCUGCUGGAUGUCAAACCGGGUCAGAAUGUCUUGGACAUGUGUGCAGCUCCGGGAAGCAAAACAGCGCAAAUUGUGGACAUGUUGCAGGAGGAUCUUCGGAUUGCUGAAAGCGACGGGGCUCAAACCGAAGGCGAAACUCAAGGAAACGAAGAGGCGAAAUUACCUAAUGGAUUGAUUGUGGCCAACGACAUGGAACUGAAGCGUUGCCAGCUUCUGACUCACCAGUUAAAGCGUCUCCAGUCUCCCUGCGUAGUGGUAACUAACCACGACGCCAGCCUGAUGCCCAACGUGUCCCUGGAUGGCGGCGAUACGCCUGUUGCCUUUGACCGGAUACUCUGCGAUGUCCCCUGCAGUGGAGAUGGAACUAUCAGGAAAAAUUUGGAUUUGUGGCGGACAUGGCAUCCCCAUAAUGCUUUGGCCCUGCAUCCCGUGCAGUACCGCAUUCUGAAACGCGGACUAGAAAUGCUGGCUGUUGGAGGCCGUUUGGUCUAUUCAACGUGCUCGAUGAAUCCCGUGGAGAACGAAGCAGUUAUCAGUCGAGUACUAAACGAAGCCAAAACGUCGGUAGAGUUAGUGGAUUGCAGUAACCGCCUGCCUGGUCUCCAGCGCAGACCUGGUUUACAACAGUGGUCGAUUAUGGGCGCCAAUGAACAGGUCUACAGGGAUUUCACGGAAGUGCCCAAAGACUUGAAAAUGCGUAUCCGCGUAGAGUUUUUUGCUCCGCCGAAUGCGGAGACUUUGCAUUUGGAGCGGUGUAUGCGGGUGAUGCCGCACUAUCAAAAUACCGGGGCGUUUUUUAUCGCGGUAUUAGAGAAAAAAGCCACACUUCCUUGGCAGCGAUAUGGCGCACUGUCACAAGUACGCGUGAAAUCCCAGCGACUUUUCGAAAACGAACCGUUGGUUCAGUUUGCCACAGAGGAUUCACAGACUUGGGAAGUAAUUCGGAAUUUCUUUCAUGUGCAUUCAGAUUUUCCUGCCGACCAGUUAUUUAUCCGAAAAAACACCCAGGAGAAGAGCCGACACAUCUACUUGGUAUCGAAAACAGUUAAGGAUGUUCUACUGCAGAAUCAGGAUAAGUUACGAAUUGUUAAUGCUGGUGUGAGGAUUUUGACCCGUACAGGAGUUCAGGACAAUUCGUGUCCGUACAGGUUGGCGCAGGAAGGACUGCAUGUUUGGAUGGAGUACUUGGAUAUCGGUCGGAUCACCCUCAAUCGCGAAGAAGUCACCAAACUGAUGAACAAGGAUGUUAUUGACUUGACUGCGCUUCGUCCGGAAACCAAACAGGAUGUUGACAAACUGCCGGUUGGGAGUGUUGUCGUGCGAUAUGAGAAGCCUGGUGGGAUAAUGUUCGAGUUAGCGGCCUGGCGCUCAUCCUCCGCAAUCAGGUGUUAUGUGGCGAAAGAAGAACGCGGGCAUUUUCUGCGAUUGUUGCAGAUGGAAACAAUGUGACGAGCACUUUAACCUAUUUACUAUCCAUUCAGUUGAAGUGUGCGAUUUCGUACCUUUACUACGCUGCGGCUAACAAUAAGUAUCACGAGAAAUGAUGGGAUUGCGAAGGGAAAAAAAUAAACGGUUCUCUUCUGCUGUUCUGCAGAAGUGAGUAUCACUAGCCGUUAUAUAGGAAAAUCAUCACUCAAUUGAUAAAAGCAU